UGGCCAGCGCCACGCCUGGCCCUGCUGCCCCCCUGCCCUCCUCAGCCUGAGCCCAGCAGCCUUCCACCCCAAGGAGCCCCAGCCCCCCUUGCUCCCAGCCCCGCCACACAGCCCUUGGUGCUGCCCUGCCCAGGGCCGGGUCUGGAGAGCUCAGCAGCUAGUCAGCGGAGUGGGGAGACAGAACCCCCAGCCGCCCCUGCUGCCCUCCUCAAGGUGCCUGGAGCAGGAACAGCCCCCAAGCCUGUAUCGGUGGCCUGCACCCAGCUGGCAUUUUCUGGCCCAAAGCUAGCGCCCCGGCUCGGCCCCCGUCCAGUGCCUCCUCCACGGCCUGAGAGCACUGGGACUGUGGGCCCAGGCCAGGCCCAGCAGAGACUGGAGCAGACCAGCUCGUCCCUGGCAGCUGCACUGAGAGCUGCGGAGAAGAGCAUUGGCACAGAGGAGCAAGAGGGUGCCCCCAGCGCCUCCACCAAGCACAUUCUGGAUGACAUCAGCACCAUGUUCGACGCCCUGGCUGACCAGCUGGACGCCAUGCUGGACUGAGCCCUUUGCCCACUAUGACCUGCCGACGUCCACUGCCUUUGCCCCAGCACAGAAGAAACCCCUGUCCUCUAAAAAAAAAUAAAUAAAUAAAGGCCGGG